CUCAUUCACCAACCCCUCCUUUUCAUUAAUUUUCUCACUGGGUACUUUUGCUGAGUCAUAUUUUCAAUUGGGUACCCAUCCUUUUCAGUAUUUGCAAUGGUAAAAAUCCCACCUUUUCUCCUCCCCCUCCUCCCUCUCUGUCUCCUCCUCUGCUUCUCUCUGCUCCACCGCGCCGAUGCCUCUGGAACUGUUGAUGGAUCCGAGCACUGGGGAUACGUUCAAGUUCGACCAAGAGCACACAUGUUUUGGUGGCAUUACAGAAGCCCACAUAGGAUUGAGAAUGACUCAUCUCCAUGGCCAACAGUGUUGUGGCUGCAAGGGGGACCUGGGGGCUCUGGUGUCGGCUUCGGCAACUUCUUCGAGAUUGGGCCAUUAGACAACAACCUAAAGCUGCGUUCCUCGACGUGGCUUCGCAAAGCCGAUCUCCUUUUUGUGGAUAAUCCGGUGGGAACAGGGUAUAGCUUUGUGGAGGAUACAGGGCUCUUUGUGACAAGUGAUGAGGAAGCAGCAAUUGAUUUAACCACACUUUUGAAGAAGCUCUACAACAAGCAUGAGAGCUUGCAAAAAAGUCCACUGUAUAUUGUGGCAGAGUCUUACGGAGGCAAGUUCGCGGCGACGGUCGGCGUAUCGGUUGUCAAAGCCGUUAAAGCCGGAGAAUUGAAGCUCAAACUUGGAGGGGUUGUUUUGGGAGACAGUUGGAUUUCUCCGGAGGAUUUUGUGUUAUCAUGGGGACCUCUUCUUCUCGACGUGUCGAGGCUCGAUAAAAAUGGCGCUGAGAAUUCAAACAGCUUGGCUGAGAAGAUCACAGUUCAACUAAAGAAAGGGCUUAACCGCGACGCAGAGAGAACGUGGGGCGAGCUCGAGGAUUUUAUCGCUUCGAAUAGUAACAAUGUUGACUUCUAUAAUUUCUUACAAGAUGAUGAUUCCUCUGGCUCUAUAACAACUGUGGGAUCAUAUGAAGAAUCAUUCGCGAGGCGGUACUCGCGAUAUCUUAGCAUUAAGGCGGCGUCCUCGUCCUCGUCCUCGUCGUCGGGCAAUCUCCAUGAUCUAAUGAAUGGUGCCAUUAAGGAAAAGCUGAAGAUAAUUCCCAAGAAUGUGAGCUGGGGAGCACAAUCUGACGAUGUGUUUGAUGCGCUCAGAAGUGAUUUUAUGAAACCAAGGAUCAAGGAGGUUGAUGAGCUUCUUUCUCAAGGUGUCAAUGUCACCAUAUAUAAUGGACAGCUUGAUUUGAUCUGCGCAACCAGAGGAACAGAAGCUUGGGUUCAGAAGCUCAAAUGGGACGGGCUGACGGAUUUCACCGGCGCGAACAGAAAGGCUUUGUAUUGUGAUGGUAAUGAAGCAGGAGCCACCAAGGGCUUUGUCAAGUCCCACAAGAACUUACAUUUUUAUUGGAUCCUCGGAGCAGGUCAUUUUGUACCUGUGGACCAGCCUUGCAUUGCAUUGAAGAUGCUGGGUGACAUUACACAUUCUCCAGCUACUGCUUCAUCUCACUGAGGGGGUCAAAGAAAAUAAUAAAUUCUUCUGACAAAAAUAACAAUUUUUUUUUUUUUAUAGUAGAAAUGUAAGUUUGAUUGUUUGAUUGUUUGAUGGACAAAUACAUAAUUUUAUUGCUUUUCUUCUUUGGAUAUUCUUUGUGAUUGGAGGAAAAUGUGGAAAUGCUUGUCAAAGUUGGUGGCUGUCAGGCUGGACAUUGCUGGACAAACAUAGUUCUUACAGAAUAGAUUAUGGAGGAUGCAAUUUCUGUGCACUGCUUGAUCUGACCGUCCAUCUAGAUGGAGAACAAUCCCAGCAUUUUACCAAUUGACAGAUUUGGAGUGAUUUCAAGUGAUUGUAAUAAUGUAUUCGACAUAUUUGGCGGCAUGUCGCAUUGAUUGGUCUGAUUAAAUUGCCCAGAAUUAGUUUA